AUGGUUUUUGUGACUGAAAGGUUUCUUGUCGAAGUUCUACCGGGUCCACUGUUUAAAUCUGUUUCUGAUGGACCUGCAAUUCUUAGUCCACUGUUUAAAUCUGUUUCUGAUGGACCUGCAAUUCUUAGUCCACUGGUUAAACCUGUUUCUGAUGGACCUGCAAUUCUUAGUCCACUGGUUAAACCUGUUUCUGAUGGACCUGCAAUUCUUAGUCCACUGGUUAAACCUGUUUCUUAUGGACCUGCAAUUCUUAGUCCACUGGUUAAACCUGUUUCUGAUGGACCUGCAAUUCUUAGUCCACUGGUUAAACCUGUUUCUGAUGGACCUGCAAUUCUUAGUCCACUGGUUAAAUCUGUUUCUGAUGGACCUGUAAUCCUAAGUCCACUGAGUUGGACUUUUUCUGAUGGACCUGUAAUCCUAAGUCCACUAGAUGAAUCUGUAGAUCCACUAGGUUGGACGGUUUCUGCUGGACCUGUCGGUUUAGGUCCACUAGGUUGGAGUGUUCCUGAUAAACCUGUAGGUCCACUAGGUUGGACUGUUUCUAAUAAACCUGUAGGUCCACUAGGUUGGAUUGUUUCAGAUAAACCUGUAGGUCCACUAGGUUGGACUGUUCCUGAUAAACCUGUAGGUCCACUAGGUUGGACUGUUCAUGAUAAACCUGCAGGUCCACUAGGUUGGACUGUUUCUGAUAAACCUGUAGGUCCACUAGGUUGGACUGUUUCUAAUAAACCUGUAGGUCCACUAGGUUGGACUGUUUCUAAUAAACCUGUAGGUCCACUAGGUUGGACUGUUUCUGAUAAACCUGUAGGUCCCCUAGGUUGGACUGGAUUAGAGUCAAGAACUGUUUUCAAAUCCUUGAAGGAUUGA